AGGAACAUAGAUUUCUGCGCAGGGUAAUAACUACAUAUAAUGGUAACGUCGAGUAGUGGUUUUGGUUUUCUUUGUAGUCUGGUGAUAUCUUCGUCAGUGUUUACGAAUGUAGGCUCUUUAAACUGCAGACAACAGUCGUUGUUAUGGCAUAAUUACUACAGAGGAAUUCACCAGGUUCCUAAUGUCUCGUGGUCAUGGGGUUUAAGGAAAAAGGCUAAAGACUGGGCGGAUUAUUUAGCUGAAGAAAAUUUAUUCAUUCACGAAAAAAAGGAUCCAGGAAAUCUUUACUUGUCUCCAGGAAAACCUGCCGAGCCCUGUGCCGCUGCGGUGAAAGCAUUUUACACUGAGGAGAAAUUGUACGAUUACAGGAAACCGGAGCAGUUUAAGGGCGCUGGACACUUCACUCAGGUUGUUUGGAAAAAUACAAAGUACAUUGGCGCUUUCUACAAAACUAGACGUGAUGGCAAAACGGUCGUGGUUGUAAAAUAUUCUCCCGGUGGUAACGUACGAGGUUACUUUGCUAAGAAUGUCUUCCCUCCAAGAAAACCAGUAAUUGUGACAAGCACUAAGCCAUUUACUACCGUGACAACAGACAAUCCCACAUCAGCUGGUAACACAACAUAUAGAAAUCUCACCACACUGGAAUCUAAACGAGGAGUUAUAGCCGGUGCUACAAAUCUCAGAAAAUGGAUAGGGAUGCACUUCGCAUUUGAGUGCUUUUUUGGGGGGUUUCUGAUUUCCUUGGUAGAUAUCUAAGGGUGAAUAUGACAACGGAUAAUGAUAGAAAGAAGGAGGUGUGUUAGGCCCUAGGGGUAAUGGUAUACUACGAAAAUGAUUAUCUGAGCACUGAAUUGUUAAAUAAAUCUUAAAAUAUUCCAUUCCUGGUCCAAAGACGUAAAAUUAUAAACCAUAAAUAGUACAAUAGUAUACUAAACACGUUUGGCCAACACUGAAGAUUAGUAGAGGAAGCAUAAUGAUCAAGAUAGCAUAAAACAGAAUUU